AAAAUCACAAAAUAGAUCGAGCUUCCCACUAUCGAACACAGUGACAGCUGUCUUCUCCUUUAUUUCCUUUUUCUUUUUUCCCUUCGUUCGUUCUCGCAGCAGAGGAGAGAGCGGAAAUGGGGAAGGAUUUGUGCGCUGGAUCUUCGUUUUUUCUCCUUCUUCUCGUCGUCUUGCUCUCCCCGACGACGUCGGUGUCGCAAGGAGCUGCGCCUCCGGCAGUCGCGGUGGUUCCGGCGACUACCCCGGCCCCCUCUCCCGCUCCCGCGCCAUCGCCGGAGUCGUUAUGCAACGGCAUUCUCCUUUCUUACUUCAUCCAGAAACGGCAGAAGAUACACCCCAUCACCUCCGACCCGGCGGACCAGCCCUACGCCUUCACUGCCGUCGCCACCGUCCUCAACCAAGGCACCGCCGAUCUCCUCUCCUGGACGCUCCUCGUCCCCUUCCGCCAUCAAGAGCUCAUCGUCUCCGUCGGCGGCGGCGUUCUCACAAACGGUUCCACCCUCCCCUACAACACCACCCUCGACGCCAACGUCACCGCCUUCUCCGGCUACCCCAACACUGAUUUGAAGACGCCCAUCGAGACGGCCAACGACCUGACGCAGAUCGAGGCGAAGAUCACCAUCGUCGGGACUUUCUUCGGCUCGCCGCCCCCGGCGCUGCCUCUGCCCGAAUUCCUCGCGCUCGACGACCCGUCCUACAACUGCGAUCCGAUCCCCGGCGUCAACGACACCACCUCGGUGGAUAGAUGCUGCCUCCCUAACCCUAAUUACGUCCCUCAGCCGAUCAACUCGACCGGCUACCUCGAGCGCCGACCUGGCGACCUUACCAUCGCCUAUGACGUCCUCCAAUCCUAUAGCAACAGCUAUCUUGCCCUCGUCACCAUCGAGAACCAUAACCCUCUCGGCCGUCUCGACCACUGGGAGCUCACCUGGGAGUGGGCACGCAGCGAGUUUAUCUACUCAAUGAAGGGCGCCUAUCCGACCGUCGUCGACACCUCCGACUGCAUCUUCGGCAAGCAAUCGCAGUACUACCAGAACCUGGACUUCUCCCAAGUGCUUAGCUGCAAGACCAAACCCACCAUCGUCGAUCUGACCCCGUGGCAGUACAACGACACCAAUCUCGGCCGCAUCCCCCACUGCUGCCGCAACGGCACCCUCCUCCCGCCGGAGAUGGAUCCAGAGCAGUCCUUAUCGGCGUUUCAGAUGCAGGUGUACAAGACGCCGCCGGACGUCAACCGCUCCAUCAUAUACCCACCGAUCAACUGGAACAUCUCCGGCACCCUCAACCCGGACUACCAAUGCGGUCAGCCGAUCAGGGUCAGCCCCACGGUGUUCCCGGACCCGAGCGGCCUCGACUCGGUGAGCCUCGCGCUCGCGAGCUGGCAAGUGGUCUGCAACAUCACUCUGCCCAAGGGCGCAAGCCCCAAAUGCUGCGUCUCCUUCUCCGCCUUCUACAAUGACUCCGUCGUCCCCUGCAACACCUGCGCCUGCGGCUGCUCCGCUAGAAACCGUGGGCAAACCUGCGACACCACCGCACCGGCGAUGCUCCUCCCGCCGGAGGCCCUCCUCAUGCCGUUCGAAAAUCGGACCGCCAAAGCCCUCGCCUGGGCCCAGAUCAAGCACUACAACGUGCCCUCCCCCCUGCCCUGCGCCGACUACUGUGGCAUCAGUAUCAACUGGCACAUCCUCACCAACUACGGCAAGGGGUGGUCGGCGAGAGUGACUCUGUUCAACUGGCGCGAAGACCAAUUCGCGAACUGGUUCGUGGCCGUUCAAAUGGACAAGGCCACCCCGGGCUACGAGCAGAUGUACUCCUUCAACGGGACGACAUCAGGGAACGACACCAUCUUCAUGCAGGGCCUGCCCGGACUUGACUACUUGAACGGGGAGGCGAAUGGCACAACGGAGAGCGAUCCCAGAGUGCCGGGUAAGCAGCAGUCAGUCAUCUCGUUCACGAAGAAGCCGACGCCCGGUAUUGACAUCAUCGCCGGCGAUGGAUUCCCUUCCAAGGUCUACUUCAACGGGGACGAGUGCUCGAUCCCGCAGCUGAUUCCUGCAAGCUGGGCAUCGAGGAGAACUGGAGCUGACCUCUUGAAUUUCGGGUCGCUUCUGCUCGCUUCUACUCUUGCGCUCUUGCGGCUGUAAGCACCGUGACUCGCAGAUAUUCAUUGAUUCUUUCAGUAAUUGCCGCAGCAAAUUACGAGUUUGGCGAUCAGGUAAAGCAUGAAGAAGAGAUUGUGAUUUUGGAUGCACAUCCUCCGCCCAUGUACCACUUUAUGAACCUUCAUGAUAAUGAAAUCUCCUUCAUUUGGCUCUUGCUCCACUUUGUGCUUUUUUUUUUUCCAGCUUCGUAUACUUUUCAGAAUAAUGCGUAAAAACAAAAGUUAAGAAAUCA